ACCUUAAUGGAGAAACCUUUGGCCUGUUUUCACAGUGCAUUCGUAGCGUUAGGGAAACCUAGAAAGCUCCAACUUUCGAAAGGUAUUGACCUUUAAUCAAUUCUCAGCUCUGCAGAAAAAAAAACACAGAAUGACAAGCGGGUUGCAGGCGGAAAUAUCUCAGUUCCUUUUCUACACAAGAUAUUGAUGGCAGCGAGUUCUGCAUGGGUUUCAGAUAUAGUCCGGCUGUGUAUAUUCGGCCAUUUUUCUGUGGUAUGGACUUGAGAUCACACGUAUUCCGUCGAUUGCAUGUAUUUUUGCAUGGAGUAAAGGAUAUAUUACCAGUGAUAUUGAGAAUGUAAUGGAUGUCCUGCCAAAAUACACCACACCGUAAUUAUGGAGGAACGUAAUUAUCAUGAAACGAGAAGCGGCGAUGGUAAAGACGUGCUUGUCGAAUGGAAAUCCUGUUUAAUGGAAGAUGAGGAAUGGUCUCUUCCGCGCGUACGAACUCCGUCGGUCGCUAGGGGUAACGGUUUCUGUUCAAAGCAACAUCAACAUCCUUCCGUAGUGCGUUCUCCGUCUUCCCCAACGUACAGUUUUUGCAGCUCUCGCCUCCGUUGGGUAAACAUAGUGGAGCAGCUGCUACUGGGAGUCACAAAUUCUCACAGUCCUGUGAAUGCAUUGUCUGCGCUCCCUCAUACAAAGAAAGAACUGUGUAACGUCAAUGGGGAAGUAGUAAGCAGACGACAGCUUCGUCGAAGGAAUCGCGAUACUCAUCACGCAAAUGAAAUAUCUUUUAUAUCAGUUGCUCACUUUCCGCUAGGGCGAAACGGACGUGUAUUUGAGACCAGCUUUCCUGUAGACGAAACUGACGAAGGCGGAAUAUUUGCUACAGACCACACAACAGUGACAACACUGUCUUCACCAGCAUCAACAUCAGUGAUUCAAACACAGGAUUUAACCAGUAACUAUUCUAGCAGUGGUGUAUGUUGUAAGAAAGAUUGUUACCGCACUAGCGAACGUUUCACCAGCUUCUUCGCCAUGCCUGUCCCGGAGAGUUUCAGAUCGACCUGGAGUACUGAACACGUCCCUUCCCUCCACAUUUCUGCCUCGCCGGAUAAACUGCAAAAACUCAAGGAAAUACGACGAGAUGAUAAUUACAAUAUCGAGGAGGUUACAGAGACGGAGGUGCCUGCCAGCCGGCUCCACUCGGAACUUCGAAACGGUAAUGGUCACCUCCACCACUACGAUGACGACACUGAACAACUGACAGACGACAUCCACACCGUAAACCGACAACCUACCAAUGCCGAGUAUUCCGAGUCCGUCUCCAUCGCCCGUGUCCCUUCGACUCAGCAAUACCGCUAUGGCAUGCGGUGCGACAUAGAGAACCCUCGACGUUACCGCGACGAAGUCCGACUCGUGCCCGGUCAGGUUAACCCCGGUCGGUACUACAGCACCUUCACACAAUGCUUCAUCAACAGUCCUUAUCGCCGAUACAAGGAGACUGUUUACAUUCGACUCAACGCACCGAACCCCAAGCAGUACUCUACCAAGGUGUUCGUCUUCCCGAAGGGAGUUCGGGAAACAUUCGUCAGCGAAGUCGAUCACCAUGAUGAGAAGACGAUAAAAUGGUACAAGGUCGGGGUCAAAAUGGAAGCCAGGGACUAUGUAUCCGUCAAAUUUAUGCAGGUGAAUUGAUCCAGACUUAUGUGUUUAUUUGCCAUUGAACUUUUCCAUAAUUAUUAUUAUUUCUAUAUUGACAAUGGGUUGAGGUUUAUUUCAUGGAAUAAUAUCAUCCAUGGCCACCGAUUUUGUUCGAAUGUUGGAUGUGUAGAUGGCUGGAGAAUGGAACGAAUCGGAUCCCUGGUGACUUGACCGAAUCGGAUUGCUGGAGAUUCAACUGAGCCGGAUCCAUCGAGACACGGCCGAAAUGGAUCCCUGGAAACCCGACCGAAUCGGAUCCCUGGUGACUCCACCAAAUUGAAUCCAUGCAGGAGACUCCAUUUAACUGCCACUCACCAUCUGCAUCUGAAUGUUCCACACUGUCAGCAUCAAGAGAUCCGAACGGUGCCAUAUCAUGAUACUGAUUGUAAAUUUUCUCCAAUGACCUUGCUGAAGGAUUGUUCAUACCUUUGUGUAUACAAAGUAAAAACAAUUUAAAGAAAUAACAAGUAGAAAUAAUAAGUUGGAGGAUUUUGUCACGGGACAUUAUCCAUGGCCAUGUCAUAGGAUCUGUAAUCAAUUAUGUUCUUUUUGUUCUGAAGUAGGGAGUGUUUGUGUCUUAUUACAUUGGAAUGGGAUUCCAACCCUGUAUAAAUUGAUCAUCGAAGGGAAAGAUUUAUCCAAUUGCUGCCACCAGAAUUACUUCUGGUUGAGAUAUUUCCCCCCACCAUAACUGCAUUUUGAUGUUGCCAUUAUUUAUUUUCUUGGUACACAUAUUCUAUAACAAAUAUUAUUGGCCAUAAUGGGUGAAUGCGAUCUUCGGUGAUCUUUUUUAUACAGGGUUUCCUCUUAUUCAGAAAUAUGUUUGAUUAUUUAAUUCUAACUUAAAUUAGUGAGGCCUAUGCAAUUAUUAAUUAAUCAUCGGGGCAUUAUAUCGGGUCAUAAUUUAUAAACGUGAUUUAUGUUAACAUCAAUUUACAUCAUAAUAAAUAUAUAGAACCUUUCAAACAAAUCAAAUAAAGUUGAUAAUUUCCUGUGGAUUUUGAUUAAGUUGAUUAAUAUUGGAUUUCUUGAUGAUUAACCCAACAUAAUUAUUUUUGUGGAUUAUUUGUUUAUAAGACGCAUGAGAUGAAAAUAGGGACAUUCCUCGGUACACUCGAAACAUUCGUGUUCAUCCAAAGAAAAUAAAUGUUAAUCCAU